ACGCAGGUUUAGCAGUACCUAUUAUGACACCACCGAUUGUUCAUUUGAAAUGGGGCAAGCAUCGUUUUGAUGUGGAUCUCAGUGAAUACAAUUACGAUAUUCAGCAAGUCACGGUCAAGGAAUUAAAAGAGAAAUGUUCUCGAUUAACUGGCGUUGCACCAGAACAUAUGAAAUUGCUCGCCUACGGAGCCGUCAUGAAAAACGAUGCCUUAACCUUGAGUAACUAUGGUGUACGUGCUCGGUCGAAAAUUAUGAUGCUAAGUUCCCCCCGUCCGGAAAAGCCUGCGCAUGCUCGACCAGCGGCAUCACAGGAGCAAGCCAUGGGAGCGGAGGAAAAGGCGCUUCUUGCGAAACUGGAAAAAAUCAAGAGCGAUAUGGCGGACAUUACCAAGGACAUCAAUCGCUACGAGGAUCGUGUCAAGUCGUUCCAAAAGACAUCCGAGGAAGAUGCCAAAGAGCACAAGAAAUUGAAGGAUUAUGCCGUAUAUUUGGGUGAACAAUUAAUGAAGACGCUAUUUGAGUUGGAUGGUCUCCUUUGUGGUAACCUGGAAACGGCGCGUAUGGAGCGUAAAGAAGGUGUCAAGAAAUCCCAGGCUUUACUCGAUAGAGUAGACCGGAUCAAAGCGUCUUUGUAAGGCAACUAAAUAGACAAAUGGAACCUGCAGAAGAUGGCCAGCUAAUCAUCUUCAGAGUUCCGAAAUGGAAGAGAUAGAAAAGGAAAUAGAUACCAAAAAUAAUGAUUAAAUCAACAAAACUGUGGUCGGACAGACUGCAAAUACAGAAAAAGAAAAACUCGCUUUUAUCAGGU